AUCUUUUUCGCAUUCCUCUUGCCUGUACAUAACAUACACUCACACAUAUUGCUGCUGCUAUCACCAUUGCUACUACUACGACUACUACUGCUACUACUACUACCACAGCUAUACUACCACUAGUGCCCACUAGCACCCUCCAUCCAUCCAAUCUCAGUCGAACCCGCCACUUUUUAUUCCCUUUCUUUAUUACUCUCCCGCCACUAAUACCAGCUCUCACCCACACCCACAUUCCUUCACACUCUCACCCUCACCCUCAACAUUCCUUCAGCUACACCCACCACCCUCACUCUCUUUCCUCUCUCUCUCUCUCACACACUACACACUCCCACUGACACAAAGAUGGCCAAGCUUCUGAACGCAAAGGAGUGGUUCAAGAGAAGACGCGGCAAGAAAAAGAGAUCCCCCACCCCCACAAACGUCUACAUCCCUGGCAUCGGAUACCCUCCCCUGCGCAACUCUUCCCAGCCCACGCUCAUCCCCUAUGUCCCUCCCAGUGCCACCACUUCUGAAAUCGAAGAUGAUGAGGACGAUAACCUCCUCCCAGCCAUCUCCCAGGACAUGAUCUCGGCUGCCACAACGACCUGUCUUGGCAUGUCCCGCACGAUGGUUGCUGCCAUCGCUACACCACCCAGCAACACGGAUGCGGAAGAUCUGAGCCAGUACCGCAACCGCCAUGCAAAAUACCAUUCACUCUCCCUCACACCCUCUGCAGUGACCGUCCCAGGAGCAUUCCCUCUCCGACGAUCGUCCCUGCAGCAGCCAUUCGCGAGCAGGUCCUACAACUCGUUGCCGACACAGAUCACGGAGAUGAGGAGCUGUCCUCAACCGGGUCAGCGCAUAGAGAGUCGACAGAGUCUGAGCAGGAAUCUGAAUUACUUGACCUCGAGGCAUCUGCGACGGAACUCGGAGCAGACUCAGACGACGUCCCAGCCUCUGCCCCAGCCUCUGCCCCAGCCGCAGCCGCAGCAGCCGCUGUUGACGCAUGCUCAGGUCAAGUCGCCGAAUGCUUUGAAGGCCAUCUCGACGGGCAACACAACCUCGGCGGAGAACCUGGCUAUGCUUGAGACCAAGGCGCAAGAGUAUGCACGAACAGUCAAGACCCUGUGGCAGAUGGUCGAGAAUGAAGAUCUCGCGUACCGACUCCGGGAUGCCUCGCCCGUCGAACGCGAAUGGCUCAUUUAUCAUCACAAGAACGCCAAUUUCCCCUUCAAGCCUAUCCCUAUUGCAGCUACUUCUACUCCUAAUACUACUGCUCCCGCCACAACCACCACCGCCACCACCACCACCACCGCCGCCACAGCAGCGGGUCGCGCCAGUUCCGACAACGGUCGUGCGCGCGUGCACUUUAAUAACCACCAUCAUGUCCACAACCGCGGACUCGAACCCAUUGCGGAGACCGGGGCCGCCGAGACGGACAAGGACAAGGUCAUGAGUCCCGGCACCAAGUCCUCGUUCCACCACCGUCCACAAUGUCAUCUUUCCAAGCAUGUGCGUCAACACUCGCAGGACGGAGGAGCAGAGUCUGUUCAUGCAGUGACGAUGUCGCUCCCGAAUUCACCGAUGGCGGGACCUGUGAUGUCUUCGACCGAGAUGGCGGCCAAGAAGGCGACGCGCCGAUGCACGUUGCUCUCACCGACGGUUCUGCAGUCGGCACAGGAGCUGCAGAAGCGGGAUCACUUUACGAUCCAGGAGCGUGUGGACAUGGAGGAGGACUGGCGGAUGCAGGCCAAGCUGAUGAAUCGACUUGGGGAGAGUCAGGGCCGUAGCAGUGGGGCCCGACGGGUGCAUGCGCAGUUGUUGCAGCGACAGCAGAGGCAAGUUCAGGAGCGGAUCGAGUACGAGCCGACGCAUGAGGAUUUCAACAAGUGGUAUGAUCUGAAGGAGGAGAUUGAAGAUGAUGAGGUGCCGGAGAUGAACCAGGUCCGGGUGUUGGAUCUGAAGGAGGAGUUUGAGGAUGAGGAGGACCGACAGAAGCGGAUCGAGCAGGAGAAGCAGCAGGAGCUGGAGCAAUUGGAGCAUGAGCUGAAUAUCCUGGGGCUUGAUCGGUUCGAGGGAAUGUGUAUGAGCUUUGUGGAGCCCGAGAUCGAGGAGGAAGAGGAGGAGGAAGAUGAUGGGCCGUCGUCGACGUCGUCGCUGUCGUCGACCUCGCAGCAGCAGAUGAUGGUGGCGUUGUCGCCAGAGGAGCUGCAUCAGCAGCUGCAGGCGCAGUAUCACCAGCUGCAAGAGCAUCUGUUGGAGCACCAGCGGAUGAUGCAGAAGUUGAGUGAGUUGAAGCAGCAGAGACAGCAGGGUGGACCGAAGGUGAGGGUGAAGGUGUCGCAGAAGAAGCGGUUGGCUGCGGGGACGAUGAAGGUCCCACCACCACCGCCGCCUAUGCCGAUGCCGAUGUCGAUGUCGAUGCCGAUGCCUCUUGCACCGGCGAUGGGGAAGAAGAGUUUGGUGGUGGAGCCGUUGAGGCCGAGGAACGGGCGGAGGCUGUUCUCGCCGGACUGUGACUCGAUGAUCAUCAAGGACUUUGUGCCCCUGGCCCAGCCGGCGCCCCCGAUGCCUGUCAGGAUCGCUUAAAUCCGCCUCUUUUUAUUUUUUACUUUUUAUUAUUUUUUAUUAUUAUUUUGUAUAUUUAUAAUAUCCGUCUGUUCAUGACACCCCCCACAGCCUGGUCGUUUCCUGACUACCCUAUCCUAUCCUAUUCCCCCAUCCCCCUAUCCCUUUGUAUAUACACGUCUUAUCCCCCGCCACGCCGCUUCUUAAUAGACAACAACCCCAUGAUGCCUAUCGAUGAUAAUAAUAAAAGUAAUAGUGAU